AUGGCACCUCUUGAGCUCCUUUCAUUGCUUGUCUUGAUUCCUCAAACAACAGUUGCGUUCAAAGGCUUUCAGCCCAAUUGCACUCUUCCUUCUCAUGCCAUCGGUUAUGCUACAUCCCCGCAGGUUCGUGGGACACUGACUAUCGUCUGGAGCUGCUUUGCCGUCAUUAUUCUCUGUACCUGGUCCGUCCAACAUCUACAUGUGCCCCAGGAUACAGACAAAGAAAAGCCGUCGUCUUACGCCAGACGCUUUGCGCGUGCCGCCAUCAGUCUCGUCUUUCGCCAAAAGAAGAAGGUAGAGCUAUGGGACGAGUUCCUUGAUGAGGUGCGUUGGAACUAUGAAAGGCUGAAAUGGAUGGCCUUUAUCAUUCUGGUGCCUGAAUUCUACUUCGCAAAGGCACUCACAGAAAAUUGUGCCGCAAAUGACUCGAGGAAGGGAUUUGGAGAUGAGCGAUGGGGCACGAUGCACGCAUUCCAUGCAAACAACAGGGGCUUUGUAUUACGCUUUGAGACCACAGCCGUCAAAACAUCACUCCAUCCAUUGAAGGCGGAUGAAGACGGCCGGGCACUCUACGUGCCUCGUCCGGAUGGCUUUCCAACCACCUAUUUUGAACAAGACACAGACCAUGCCGAACAAAUUGAAAUACGCCAUUGCCAGCAGAAGUGUGGCUCUCAAUGCUCACACCGAACGGAUGGAAAAUCAGGGGAGGGAAAGAAGUUGAGGUCAAGACCUUCAAUCUUACGAGCAGACUCCGAGCUGGCUGAUCAACAGCCCAACGUGGAACGUCGGCAAGUCUUGAAAGGGGAUCAACGACCGCAAGUGAGCAGAAUACAGACCACCCAUCUCCUAUCGAAUCCUGCGUCCCCGCUGCUAGAUACUUCGACCACCUUGGUGAAUAGCCCUCGAUCUAGCUCUAGGAGCACGAAUGAGAUACAGACUACUUCCACUAUGAGCCUGGUCAACCAUUCCCAGGUUACGCCGUACCCAUCGCAAGACACGAUUGAAUUGCCGAAUGUGCGUUCAAGGCCUCCACCAAAAACAUCUCAGCAGUCGCAAGAGACCCUAAGUCCUGAGAGUCCGCUACUAAGAGCAUCUCCUCGUACCUCACUUGAUUCUUCGGUCGGCACGAAGACGAGGAAACCACCAGCCAAGCCAAAACUAGGCGUACGCAACGAAGAAGCUGACGCUUUGCUCUCCCCGCAACUGUCCGAGAAGCCUCAAAUCUUUCCGCAUAAGCCUUGGCCUGGCACAAUGUCUCUAAAUACCCAUCAACUCGAAUACGCCUAUUCCAUCCGCCUCAUUGGCCCGCCCCCUUACAUCGACUCCGCAACGCUCAAGAACCAGUCCAAGACCGACCCUCUCGCCAAAGCCCUCACAAUCUGGCAGAUCCUUUGGCUCGUGAUUCAAAUCAUGGCUCGCGCCUUCCAAUCCCCACCCCUCGCCACCACCCUCCUUGAAGUCACCGUCCUCGCCUUCGCCGCCUGUGCAAUCCUCAUCUACAUCCUUCUCUGGCACAAACCCCAAGACGUCAAAGUCCCCACUUACAUCGACGCCCUUCGCCCCAUCACCCGAGCCGAUGUCAUUGGCCUCGCAGCCCGCGCCCCCUGA